CGUCUUCCUUCCACUAGUAAAACUCUCUCUUUCUCUCUCAACGCACACACUCAGAGACACGCAGCCAUAGGUCUCUGCUGGUUCCAUUCCUGACCAAGAGAGAAGAGAACAAUGAGCCAAGUGCCAGGUGGCUUCUGGUGGUUAAAAAAUAUCACUAAAUAAAGAUGGGAGCCUGUUGCUCUGCAUCUAAGGGCACUGAACUUAAUAGCUCACGGACCUUUCAUGUACCCAGUGGUAUUUGCUCAUGUCUUGCUCAGGAGGUGGCAUUUUAUCCAGCAUCAGAAGAAAGUGUGCCCUUAUCAACUCACCAUGCGGCUGUCUCCACUCAACCUUCCGGGCUCUUGGUAGACCCAAAUUUAAAUACCACGGUCCCUGAUACAUAUCUUCCUCCACCAGCGAACAACACUCAUUCUGUUGGGGAUGUUAACUCAGGCAGCAACUUGGAGACCAACGUGAAGGACAUUGAAUGUGACGAAAAGGGCAGUGCAAAUAUCGAGCUGGGGGCAUUAGAGGAUGAAAAUUCUGAGGAUCUUAAAAAGUCGAUUGAACCUAUGUUCCCACCCCUGCACGAGGAGGAGGAUGUCUGUCCAACUUGUCUUGAAGAGUACGAUGUGGAGAACCCAAAAAUCAUCACGAAAUGCAAACAUCAUUUUCAUCUGGCCUGUAUUCUAGGAUGGAUGGAGAGAAGUGACACCUGCCCUGUGUGUGAUCAGGAAAUGAUUUUCAGUCCGGCUGAA